AACGCUGAGACUUCUGGUUGAAGAGCAUUGUAAAGUGAAUUCAGCGUUAACUAAGAUAAAUUAUAGCUACAUAACUUAUAAAAUAAUAAAAGCAGGCUUGAAAAGGCAAAAGCACGAUGGACAAACUUGAAGACUUCGACAGUUUCUUGAAGAACGUUGACAAAAUAAGUGAGCUAGUCAAGGAUCUAAAUUCCUCUGAUGUCGAAGUCCAGCAAAAAGCAAUGGGGACAGCUGAUUGCUACAUUGCUGCAUUGGAUGGCCCCUGCAGGACAAAAGUCAACAAGACUACAAUCAACACAAAUCCACCACUUCAGCCUUCCUUGGUAAUGACGUGCACUAAGGGUCUGCAGAAUGAAAGUGCAGAGAAUUUUAUGAAGAUCAUGGAGAGAGAUGCUGAAGAAAGGAGAGUAAGAAGGAAUGUAAAAGCAAAAAAGGCAGCUGCUCUUAAAGACAUGGGAAAUGAAGCUUAUGCUCAAGAAGACUAUGAAACUGCUGUGAAGUAUUACAGUGAUGGCUUGGCUGAACUACGGGACAUGCAGCCACUGUACACCAACCGAGCACAAGCCUACAUCAAGCUGGGGAAGUACCAGGAGGCCAUCAGUGACUGUGAAUGGGCCCUCAGGUGUAAUGAGAGUUGCAUAAAGGCUUACCUACACAUGGGGAAAGCCUAUCAGGCAUUGAAGAAAUAUAAUGAGUCCAGAAACUGCUUUGAAAAGAUUGUGGAAAUUGUACCUGCGAGGGAGAAAAUGGUGAAAGAAUACCUGACCCAGCUAGAGUUGGAAGAGGAGAGAGAAAGUCAGGAAAAGAACGCGAUGCAAGAGUUUGACAAGGGAGAGGGGAAUGCCACGAGAGUGCCUGCGCUCCUGGAGAAGCUGUCAAAGCCUGGACAGAUUCCCCUGUACUACUGCAGAGGGAUUGAGCUCCUGUCACACGCAGUUACUGACUGUACAGGCCAGACCCUUUUCAGACUGAACAAUGGCUUUAGUAUCAUCAGCAGCAAUGACGCAGUGAGGAGUUGCCUAUUGCAGAAAACAAAGGAUCCAGACAGUCAGGAGUUGUGUGUGUCUGUUCUGAAGUUAUGGAGGGGUAUUUGCUGUGGAAACGAGGAAAACCAGAAAAUGUUGAUGACAUGCCCGGUUACCAGACAGUCCAUUGUUGACUUGGCAAUAUCAGAGCAUGUUGCAGUGCAGAAAGACUCCCUGGCAUUGCUGUGUUUGUUCUCACAGAUGACACAUGGACGACGCUUGGUCAUUGACAACCUGAAUGUGCACAUGUUGGCGAGGAACCUCAUGGCCUGCAUCUUAAAGCCAAAGCAGCAGCAGGAGAACACAGCCGUCCAUAUCCUGGAGAACUUUGCAGCAGAAAACAAAUUUUGCAUUCAAUUGAGGGGCGGGUUGACAGACUCUGUCAUUGUACCAUUUACAACAUUACUGACCAAUAUCAGCACGUCCAACCUGCAUGUCAUUGCAUCACUGAUAUCAGCUAUUGGCUGUCUGGCUCGAGAUGAAAUCAUUUGUCACAGUUUUGCUCAUGAUCCAGACUGUUGGAAGGCCUUUGUGGUCGCCAUUAGGCAGUGCAGUGCAUGUGAAUACAAAGAGGUCCUAUACCCAAUGCUUGGUUUGAUAAUCAACCUCUCAGCUGUCACCUCUCCGAUCAUUCAGGAGCAUGCUGUUUCACUGUGCGAAUGCUGCCUGGGCCUGCUGAGGGAUAGUGAUGGAGGAGUCAUAACUAGAGCCACAGGCGUGCUGAGCACUAUCCUCCCUCACUCACCUGAGGCCGUUCAGCAUGUUAUUCAGGCGGAUAUUGUCCGGACCAUGCACCGGCUGCUGAAGGGAACAGGGCAGAGUGCCACUAAGUACGCCAUUAGGACUCUGACAGCGUGUACUGCUGGCAGCCACUCGGCACGGGAGGAGCUGGUGAAGUCUGAUAAAAAACUGUCUAUCUUACGUCAUUUGCUGGCUUCCAGCUGUGAUGAGAUAGUGACAGGAAAUGCAGCCCUGUGCUUGGCCCACUGCCUUGAAUGUGAGGGAAUUGCCAGCCACCUGCUGGGCACUGAUAUUGUGCUGCUGCUGCUGCGCCAUGCUGCAGGGGACGCUAAGAGGACAGCUGUGCGGCAAAAUGCGGCAAUCGCUCUCGGGAAGCUGUGUCGAUCUGAACCCAGACAUAUGAACAAACUUCGAGAACUUCACGGCCUUGAGGUCCUGCACUCCUGUAUGAAGCUCAUCACAUGAACCCAGUAACACAUUUUAUAUUCUCCUUGCUUCUUAUGGGUUUUGCUCUCUUCUGUAUUCUGUUUUGGGCUUAGAUGCCUCUCAACUCUCACUAUAAAUUGCUAUUCCAAUUGUUUUUUUGACGUAAUGUUAUUUUUUCUUUUUGUUGCUGUCGUGAGAAUAUCAUUUGAAAUAAGAUUCUGCUCCUAAUUGCUUCAUCUACAUAAACAAGGUCAAAAACAUUA